CAUUUAAAGCAACAUACCUUUUCUGUUUUUCCCUACCAAACAGAAAUUACCGGGGGAAGCAGCUAUCCUUACUGUGGCCUCCUCAUACUCACCGGUGACUCCAAACCUCAGACGCUCCGAACCUCGAAAGCGGGAACCGGCCAUAUCAAAUUAUUGGGAACAGACCAUGAAAACUGUGAAGGAUCAUCAUGGAGAGGAAGAGGAGGAUGAAUUAGGCUCGAAGAAAAAUGCCACGAAUUCCCAUAGUAGUACUCCCGGAGAUGGAAAGAAUAAUGACAAGGCCAAUGUAAUAAGGUCUAAACAUUCUGUAACGGAGCAGCGUAGGAGGAGUAAGAUCAACGAGAGAUUUCAGAUAUUAAGAGACCUGAUACCUAAUACAGAUCAAAAGCGAGAUACUGCAUCAUUUCUGUUUGAGGUGAUUCAGUAUGUACAGUAUUUACAGGAGAAGGUACAAAAGUAUGAAGGAUCAUAUCAAGCGUGGAGUUCUGAGCCAACAAAACUAAUGCCUUGGAGAAACAGUCAUUGGCGAUUGCAGAGUUUUUCAGAAUCCCCCCCACAAGCUGUAAAGAAUGGUCCGGCAUAUGCUGGGAGGUUUGAUGAGAAUGCUAUCACAGCCCCUUCAACAGCUUUGCAACCAACGAUUCAGCAGAAUCGAGUUGAAUCAUCUUCUGCCACCUUCAAUGGGGUACAACAUAAUGAGCUUGCUACUAAGCAUCUGCUGGCAAGUUUGCCAGCUUCUGAUGCCCAAUCAACUGAAUGCCUCCCCAACAGAAUGGAAGAUGCUCUUGGUCAACAGGCGGAGCCGCCAGCUAUAGAGGGUGGAACAAUAAACUUUUCAGGUGUUUACUCCCAAGGACUACUAAAUUCUUUAGGACAAGCGUUGCAAAGCACUGGUGUAGACCUAUCACAUGCCACCAUCUCUGUACAGAUAGAUCUUGGAAAACGGGCAAAUAGGGGAUUAAGUACAGCAGUAAUGGGUGCCAGGGAUAUUGACCAUAAGAAACCUGCUGCACCAUCUUCGAGUCAAGUAGUGGGUUAUUUUCGUGAACCGGACACCGAUGGAGAUAUGGAUCAAGCUCAGAAAAGGCUGAGGAUUUAGGUAGCACAAUCAAUAUCCCCCUGAUUUAUUUCAAGAUUGUGCAUAUGGUAGUUGUUGCUCAUGUCCAUUGAUGUAAUGCCUUCACUUAUUUGUUCACUCCAUUAUUUUAAGUUUCGGUUGGCGAGGGAGCUCAUUGUGAUCAUGUUCAUUGAAUCCAAAACCUAAUGCUCUCAAGUAACCAAUUACCAUCUCUUCAUUUUUUCUCCCCAAUUUCCAUAGAAUAGAGUGUACUAUUCGUAAUACCACCAUGUGUUUUGGAAUUUACACAUGACAAAGACGGGCCAAAACCAUGGUUUAAACUGCUGCGUUGGCAGUCAUGGCAGGUUGCUUAUGUUGAUCCAGCAACAAACCCCCCGAAUUUAGUUCAACCAAAGAACUUAGGAGGACUGAUGUGCAAUUCCAUGUGCUAGGACUUGGGAGGACGCAAUGCAAUUCGCUGACAACCAAAGAUAUUUAAAAUAACAGACAGUUAUCAUGCAAAUUGAUACAGAAAAAGGAGAGAAGACUUCUAUGUGUAGUGAUUAUCCCAAUCCCAAAGGUAGUUUCUUAGAUCCAUUUGUAAAUAUAAAUGGUGCAAGAAAUUCGUAUCAUCAGGGAAAAUGCAUAUUUCAUUUUCCGAAGUGAGGUAACCUCAAUGUUUGAAGUGAAUGUUAUUUGAAAUAGUGCAUGUCAUUAAUUCAUGUUUGUUUGGUUUAAUUUAGUAAUUUUUGCAAGAU